AUGCUUCAAGGUGUUGAGUUACUUGAUGCCAUGACAAAGUUACAGUCACCUUUGCAAACAAAUACAUGGAAUAACUUUCUACAAGUGGUAUUGGACAUGAGGAACGAACGACUACAAGGACAACGGUGGCGAGACGAAUACUUGAGCAAUAAGAAAGAAAUAGAAGCUAUAAGAAACCCUAUCAAGAGACUGAGUCAAAAGAAGCAAACCAAUGGUGAGGAAAGAGUCAAAAUGAGCCAUUAUACGCCCAACCAACAACACAAGCUAAUCAAGAAGCAAACCAAAAGGAGCAUCGUAGAGGCCAGCUGGUUGACAGGUAAGUAUUUAAGACAACUACAGCAACAAGGAUUGAUCCCCAUCCCUUCUAAGUUGGACUAUACCAAGGAAGCAUAUUUGGGAAGCUUAUUACCGUUUGAAUCCCGAACUGAUUCCACGCCCAAAUCAAUUACAUAUAAGACCAUUAAAGAAGCAUAUGAUCUAGACUAUAUUGAUGGGGUCAUCAAACCUGGGUUAGAAUAUGAUAUCAAUUAUCACUUCUAUCUCAAACAUCUACGUCUUAUAGUCAACGAGAAGGGACCCUAUGAGGUUAAAAUAAAGGAGGUUUCUUCAGCUCCUAUCCCGUUCCCGUAUUUAAAGCUUCCAUUCCCGGAUUCGACUAAAUCUAGACAGAUUUCAAUGGAUGUGGCCCGUCUAAUUAAACAUCUGAGGAUUCUAAAGGUAUGGAAAUCAGCUGUAGGUGAUGAGAAGGUUCCCGAGAACAAAUACCCUGACGGUAGUUAUGGAGUUAAGGGUUCUAAGGGGUUCUAUCUGACAGAAAGAAUGUUUCCCUAUAGUUAUUACAAGAAAUGGGCUAAAUGGGAAGGUGAAUGGGAAUCUAUGAUUGAAGAGUAUGAAGCUAACUCCAAGACUACGGCCGAGCCGACUGCGACCAAGUCUAACUCCGAGUCCCGUGUUAAAGAAUGGCUGGAGUUUAUAAAUAUUGCAACCAAUGAGUUGGAAAGCGAGUGGCAACAGUUAAGAAUGACUCACGUGAAUCCUGAUCAAUUGAAACAAGAACAAGCGGCUUAUCAGCAACAAAUGAUGUACCAUUAUGAUGAUAUGGUGGAGAAAUAUAACUCUAUAGUGGACCAGAUUCACCGUCAACAAAUAUGGAAACAUUCUGAGUUGGUUAACCGAAAGAACCGGGUUCAACGUUCCUUAUUAUCUUAUCUUGAACGAGAUGAUAAUGUUCCACCUUCAAAACGUCAAGGGUUACCUGAAAAUGGUAGAAUACAAUUAGGAAAGACAUUGGCUGAUAUACUAGCAGAUAACGAAUACCAUUCCUUUAAGAUGGGACAGAAGUUCAAACGAGAACUUAACUUUAAGGAAAUGGAUAAGUUCAUUCGGAUAUAG